AUUCCCUCACCAGUGACUACAAGAUAACGUAUUGACUAUGAUUGUAUCUUCUAUUUUAUUGAUAUCUAAAAGAAGCUCCAUUUUGAUUAAAAGUUCAAGAAGAAUGUUAUCAGUGGUUCCGCCCGCUUCCGUAGAAUCCUUUUAUCAAAAACACAAAGACACUCUUAUUCCAAUCGAUUCUUCAUGGUAUAUGCCCAAUGUUCCUAUAAAUGCCUACCACGAAUUUAUGAAAAAAAGGUUCUCCAGUGGUACUGUGUUUUUUGAUAUUGAAAAGGCCAAGGAUCACUCAAACAAGUAUCCUCACAUGUUACCUUCAAAAGAAGAUUUUGAAAAGGAAGUAAGUGAAUUGGGUAUUAAAAAUGAUUCUGAACUUUUAUUUUACGAUCAACAAGGUGUGUUUAGUCUUUGCCGUGCUGCAUGGAUGUUUGAGGUUUUCGGACACAAUUUGAGUAAAAUAUACAUACUGAAUACCUAUCCUGCUUAUGCGAAAUCCCAUUCAGACCCUAAUUUGGUAAACAAGGUGCAUGAUAAGAAAACCCUUCUCGACAAUAAACUGGUAAGCUCUCCAUCUCCAUAUCCAACAUCUGAAUAUCAUGCUACGUUCGAUUCUUCCAAGGUUGUUUUAUAUGAACAGCUUCUUGAAUUGGUAGAAAAUGGGAAAAUUGGAUCAGAGUAUACUUUGAUCGAUGCAAGAUCAGCCGCCAGAUUCUCUGGAGGGUCCCCUGAACCAAGAGCAGGAAUGUCUUCGGGGCACAUCAAGAAUGCAGUGAAUAUACCUUUCUCUGAGGUUCUAACUCCACAGAAGGCAUUUUUGUCAAACAUGACACUCCAGAGCUUAUUUGCAGAGAAAAAUAUAAAUCACAACAAACCAAUAAUUGUCAUGUGCGGUACAGGAGUCACAGCUUGUGUUGUUAGAUGUGCAAUGCAAUUGGCUGGAUUCGAUUCUUCUAAUAUUUCUAUUUAUGAUGGAUCGUGGACUGAAUGGUCUCAAAGAGCUCCAAAAAGCUUGAUUGUUAAAGAUGUUUAAGUAUACAGAUUAAAAAAAAUAUAUAUUUGUUGAUUAUGGUAUAUAGGGAAUAUAGGUAAAUUAUUUAGAACCUGAACUCAAAAGCAGUAAAGGAUUGCUCAUCAGGCAAAGCU